UGUGGGGGAAUUGGAGGACCUUCCCCCAGGUCUCAUCUCUAUCCCUUUUCCAGGCAAAGUCCCCUCCACUGCCCAGACCAGGGUCUCUUCCCCAGGCCUCAGGAGAGCUGCAAUAUGGUCUCCUCCAGCUUUGGCCAGCUGGGGCCAGCAAUAUCACUUCCACCCCAUUUGACACUGGAGGAAACUGGUCCAGAUUGGCGACUGGGGAGAUUGGGGGAUAAGUCCCGGAGGGAGCAGGACAGGGACAGGGAAGGGGUGUGGGCAGGGGCAGGGGGAGCCCUGGCCCCCGGUACCUCCUCCUCAUUCCCCCCUGAGCCUCCAGGGGCCUCAGGCAGUUAUAUCCCUGUCUACUGUGCCCUCCUGGCCUCUGUGGCCCUCAGUCUGCUUGCCUACGUGGCCUUCAAGUGCUGGUGCUCACGUAAACAAAGACAGCAGCUGGCCAAAGCUCGGACUGCAGAGCUGGGGGCCUUCAACAGGGACCAGAUGCUUGGGGAGAGCAGUGUCUUCUGGGACUCUCCUAGCAGCCUGGAGCCCUGUGUCCCCAGCCAGGGGCUACAUCCUGAACUUGGCUGCCGGCUUUACCUCCAUCUCCCUCGGCAGCAGCAGGAGGAAGUGGAACAGCUCCUGGAGGCGUCGGGUGAACCUGACAAAGGCUGGCGGGGCCUGGCGGGCCACCUGGGCUACCAGGCUGAGGCAGUGGAGGCCAUGGCUCAGAGCCAGGUGCCAGCCUACACCCUGCUGAGGUACUGGGCUGUCCAAGAAGGCAGUGGUGCCACCCUCAGGGUGCUAGCAGAUGCGCUGGCUGUCCUGGGCUGUGAAGACGUGGUCCGGGCCCUGGCUGAGGACUGCUCCGUGGUGUGACGCUCCACAGCCUGGCCUCUCAGGGAACCUGCUCUGGUGCUCCCACCACCCCCAGCUCAUACACCUUCCCUUUCACGGGCUUCCUGGCAUUGGUGACCUCGGCCUGCUGUUCUGGGGGGACACGGAAGAUCCAGGCACCACUCACCUCCCCUCGCCCUACAUUCCUCCAGGACAGGGACCAGGAUAUUGGGGGGAGGGGUUGAUAGGAGCAGUCCUGCCCUCCUGAUCCCCACUCCACCUCCUCUUACUUAGCCUCAACUGUUUUUUCUACUUUUGUAUCCCAUAUUAAAGGCAACUUUGGACUACU